GUUUUAGUGCCUUAAAUGCAACUUCUUUUGUUUUUACUACUUUAGCGAGAGCAAAGUGCAGCUGCUCCAAUUAGCAGAGCAGCAGGUCUGGAAGUGAACAUGGGGGAAACGUUACUCUGCAGACUGGGCUUCUUUUUGUUGUGGUGCCUCUGCUGUGGAUAUUCUGAAGUUCCCAUUACACCAACUGUGAUCCAACAACCCAAUUGGGCCCAGAUCUACAGAGGAGAGAGAGUCACUCUGAGAUGUGAGAUCCAGGAUGAUGGAGGAUCUCAGUGGACGUAUGAAUGGAAACCAACCAAUAGAAACUCUCCAACAUCCAGUGAAAUCAUGAUCACUGCUGAUAGCAGAAGAGAUUAUAGAUGCAGAGGAAGAAGAAACAGUUUCACCUUCACAGAGUGGGGAGUCGUCACAUUAACAGUGUUCUUGUUUCCCCCUCAGCCUGUCCUCUCUGUGUCUCCAUCAUGGCCGAAUCCUGGAGCCUCAGUGACUCUGAACUGUGAGGGUUUGGAGCUUCAAUCAGCAGGAUGGAGGUUCUUCUGGUAUAAAACUGUUCCUGAUUGGUCCAAGCAACACUAUCAACCAUCCUACAGCUAUGAGCUGCUUCCUGGCAGCAUCAAUGGUACUGAGCAGAACUCCUUCAACAUUAAUGGACCGACUCUCACAGCAGGAUUUGUUUGCAGAGCAGAAAGAGGAGAACCAAAGUUUUACACUCGUUACAGUGAAGUAAAGUUUGUCUGGUCUGCAGAUUCAGCAGCAGCUUCUCUCUCAGUGAAUCCUGACAGAGUUCAACACUUCAGGUCUGAAUCUGUCACACUGACUUGUAAAGGAAACUCUACUGAGUGGAGAGUGAUGAAGUUUAUAGAAAGAGACCACCUGUCAUCCUGCUCCUACUGGGGGACAAUGACUGGAUCUACAUGCACCAUCAACAUGAACUGGUCUCCUAGUGGAGUGUUCUGGUGUGAGUCUGGAUCAGGAGAGUUCAGCAAUGCAGUGAACAUCACUGUACAUGUAUCCAGUCCUGUCAGCUCUUCAUUUCCUGUGAUGUUGAUCGUUAAACCAGUUGUUGGAAUCACGUUUGGUUUUCUCCUGCUGUUGAUUUUGUGCUUCAGACCAUCCAAGGAUUUACGGUGCUUCAGGUCAAAGGGCAGCAGUCAGAGCUCGACCACAAAUCAAGGACCCAACCAGACAGAGAGUCAAGUUUACAGCUCUCUGCUUCACCGUGAUGCUUCUGAAUACGAGUCAAUCCAACCAGCCACUAUGAAUAGGAGUUCUGAUGACCCAGAGGACGAUUCUGUGUGCAGCUGCAUAAAAACAGAAACUACAGAAACCACUGAAUGCUAAAGCAAAACGUAAAAACAGAGAGAAAAACAACAUAAAGGAAAGUGGAGCCAUGCAGCAACCGAUGGAGAAGUUUAUUGUGAAAUCAGAUCAAGAAUGCCUCUGGAUAACAACGUUAUGACAAUGUAAAAAUGUCAGGACUGAGUUUUCUCUGUGUUGAUUUGAGUUUUUCUGUGUUUAUUUUGGGUUUCUGUGUCGUGAGUCUCCAUGUUGUCUUGUCGACCCCUUGAUUGUUCCCAGGUGUGUCUCGUUCCCUGAUUACUCUCUGUGUUUAAUCCCACCUGUGUUCUUUGAUCCUCGUCGGGUCUUUGUCUAAUCGGUCUAGUUGUCGAGUCAAGUCUUUAAAGUUUUGUGUGGAUCCAAAGCACUUAUCCCAUGUUUUAUUAUAUGCUGUAUUAUAAGCUGUAUUAUAUACAAAUGUUCUUUUAAAUGCAGCAAUAAUAUCGCUGCUCGUGAAAAGUGGCAGUUUAGUCUGAUAUUUUCAGUGUCUGUUGAGUUUAGCAAGAAAACUUCUCUUGACAAUGACAUUCAUUUCUAUAUUUUUGAUACAGAUGUUUUAAGCUUUGUUUAUUUUAUUCGCAUCCUGAAAAAAAAGUCAUAUAACUUGGAUAGAAAUAUAUUUGUAUGUUUUUCUGUUUUUAAUUUAUCUUUUCUUCUUAACCGUUCUA